AUGGCCCGCGCCCAGGCUCUGGUCCUGGCGCUCACCUUCCAGCUCUGUGCGCCGGAGACCGAGACUCCCGCAGCUGGCUGCACCUUCGAGGAGACAAGUGACUCAGCAGUGCCCUGUGAGUACAGCCAGGCCCAGUACGAUGACUUCCAGUGGGAGCAGGUGCGGAUCCAACCUGGUACCCGGGCUCCUGCGGACCUGCCUCACGGUUCCUACCUGAUGGUCAAUGCUUCCCAGCAUGCUCCAGGCCAGCAGGCCCAUGUCAUCUUCCAGAGCCUGAGCGAGAAUGACACCCACUGUGUGCAGUUUAGCUACUUCCUGUACAGCCGGGAUGGGCACAGCCCGGGCACACUGGGUAUCUACGUGCGGGUCAAUGGCGGUCCCCUGGGCAGCGCUGUCUGGAACAUGACGGGAUCCCAUGGCCGUCAGUGGCACCAGGCUGAAAUGGCUGUCAGCACCUUCUGGCCCAAUGAAUAUCAGGUGCUGUUUGAGGCUCUCAUCUCCCCAGACCGCAGGGGCUACAUGGGCCUGGACGACAUCUUGCUCCUCAGCUACCCCUGCGCAAAGGCCCCGCACUUCUUCCGCCUGGGCGACGUGGAGGUCAACGCCGGCCAGAACGCCUCCUUCCAGUGCAUGGCGGCGGGCAGGGCGGCGGAGGCGGAACAUUUUCUCCUGCAGCGGCAGAGCGGGCUGGGGUCCAGGACCUCACCGCAGCAUCCGUUGGCUCCGCCUCUACCCCAUGUCCUCGCAGAGCCCCCCACUCCCAUCGCGCCCCCGCAGCUGCUGCGCGCAGGUCCCACCUACCUCAUCAUCCAGCUCAACACCAACUCCAUCAUUGGCGAUGGGCCGAUCGUGCGCAAGGAGAUUGAGUACCGCAUGGCGCGCGGCCCGUGGGCAGAGGUGCACGCCGUCAACCUGCAGACCUACAAGCUGUGGCACCUGGACCCCGACACUGAGUACGAGAUCAGCGUGCUCCUCACGCGCCCCGGGGACGGUGGCACUGGCCGCCCCGGGCCGCCCCUGGUCAGCCGCACCAAGUGCGCAGAGCCCAUGAGGGCCCCCAAAGGCCUGGCUUUCGCCGAGAUCCAGGCCCGCCAGCUGACCCUGCAGUGGGAACCACUGGGCUACAAUGUGACGCGGUGCCACACCUACACCGUGUCCCUGUGCUAUCACUACAUCCUGGGCAGCAGCCACAACCAGACGGUGCGGGAGUGUGUGAAGAUGGAGCGGGGUGUCAGCCGCUACACCAUCAAGAACCUGCUGCCCUACCGGAAUGUUCACGUGCGCCUCGUGCUCACUAACCCCGAGGGGCGCAAAGAAGGCAAGGAGGUCACCUUCCAGACGGACGAGGACGUGCCUGGUGGGAUUGCGGCCGAGUCCCUGACCUUCACUCCACUGGAGGAUAUGAUCUUCCUCAAGUGGGAGGAGCCGCAGGAACCCAAUGGCCGAAUCACUCAGUAUGAGAUCAGUUACCAGAGCAUCGAGUCAUCAGACCCGGUGGUGAAUGUGCCAGGCCCACGACGUACCAUCUCCAAGCUCCGCAAUGAAACCUACCACGUCUUCUCCAACCUGCACCCAGGCACCACCUACCUCUUCUCCGUGCGAGCCCGCACAGGCAAAGGCUUCGGUCAGGCGGCACUGACCGAGAUCACCACCAACAUCUCAGCUCCCAGCUUUGAUUAUGCUGACAUGCCGUCGCCCCUGGGGGAGUCUGAGAACACCAUCACCGUGCUGCUGAGGCCUGCCCAGGGCCGCGGUGCGCCCAUCAGUGUGUACCAGGUGAUCGUGCAGGAGGAGCGGCCGCGGAGGCUGCGGCGGGCCAUUGAACUGGCGGCCAGCAGUCUGCCCCAGGCCAUGCCCUUCACCGUGGGCGACAACCAGACCUAUCGCGGCUUCUGGAACCCACCGCUUGAGCCCAGGAAAGCUUACCUCAUCUACUUCCAGGCAACAAGCCACCUGAAGGGGGAGACCCGGCUGAAUUGCAUCCGCAUCGCCAGGAAAGCUGCCUGCAAGGAAAGCAAGCGACCCCUGGAGGUGUCCCAGAGAUCAGAGGAGAUGGGGCUCAUCUUGGGCAUCUGUGCAGGGGGACUUGCCGUCCUCAUCCUCCUCUUGGGGGCCAUCAUUAUCAUCAUCCGCAAGGGGAGAGACCACUAUGCGUACUCCUACUACCCGAAGCCGGUGAACAUGACCAAGGCCACCGUCAACUACCGCCAGGAGAAGACGCACAUGAUGAGCGCUGUGGACCGGAGCUUCACGGACCAGAGCACCCUGCAGGAGGAUGAGCGGCUGGGCCUCUCCUUCAUGGACGCCCACGGCUACAGCCCCCGGGGGGACCAGCGCGGCAAUGGGGUCACUGAGGCCAGCAGCCUGCUGGGGGGCUCACCGCGGCGUCCGUGUGGCCGGAAGGGCUCCCCGUAUCACACGGGGCAGCUGCAUCCUGCGGUGCGUGUGGCCGACCUCCUGCAGCACAUCAACCAGAUGAAGACGGCCGAGGGCUAUGGCUUCAAGCAGGAGUACGAGAGCUUCUUUGAAGGCUGGGAUGCCACAAAGAAGAAAGACAAGGUCAAGGGCAGCCGGCAGGAGCCCCUGCCUGCCUAUGAUCGGCACCGAGUGAAGCUCCACCCGAUGCUGGGAGACCCGGAUGCUGACUACAUUAACGCCAACUACAUAGACGGUUAUCACAGAUCAAACCACUUCAUAGCCACUCAAGGGCCGAAGCCCGAGAUGGUCUACGACUUCUGGCGCUUGGUGUGGCAGGAGCACUGUUCGAGCAUCGUCAUGAUCACCAAGCUGGUGGAAGUGGGCAGGGUGAAGUGCUCGCGCUACUGGCCGGAAGACUCGGACAUGUACGGGGACAUCAAGAUCACGCUGGUGAAGACGGAGACGCUAGCAGAAUACGUUGUGCGCACCUUUGCCCUGGAGCGGAGAGGCUACUCUGCCCGGCACGAGGUCCGCCAGUUCCACUUCACAGCGUGGCCGGAGCACGGCGUCCCCUACCACGCCACGGGGCUGCUGGCCUUCAUCCGGCGCGUGAAGGCCUCCACCCCGCCGGACGCUGGGCCCAUCGUCAUCCACUGCAGCGCCGGCACUGGCCGCACAGGCUGCUACAUCGUUCUGGACGUGAUGCUGGACAUGGCCGAGUGUGAGGGUGUCGUGGACAUUUACAACUGCGUGAAGACCCUCUGCUCCCGGCGCGUCAACAUGAUCCAGACUGAGGAGCAGUAUAUCUUCAUCCAUGAUGCAAUCCUGGAGGCCUGCCUGUGUGGGGAGACCACCAUCCCUGUCAGUGAAUUCAAGGCUACCUACAAGGAGAUGAUCCGUAUUGACCCUCAGAGUAAUUCCUCCCAGCUGCGGGAAGAGUUCCAGACGCUGAACUCGGUCACGCCGACGCUGGACGUGGAGGAGUGCAGCAUCGCCCUGCUGCCCCGCAACCGAGACAAGAACCGCAGCAUGGACGUCCUGCCGCCCGACCGCUGCCUGCCCUUCCUCAUCUCCACCGACGGGGACCCCAACAACUACAUCAACGCGGCCCUGACUGAUAGCUACACGCGGAGCGCAGCCUUCAUCGUGACCCUGCACCCCCUGCAGAGCACCACACCUGACUUCUGGAGGCUGGUCUACGACUACGGGUGCACCUCCAUCGUCAUGCUCAACCAGUUGCACCAGUCCAACUCCGCCUGGCCGUGCCUGCAGUACUGGCCGGAGCCGGUCCGGGUGCAGAACAUCUCGAGGCUGCAGGAGGGGCACCUGCUGGUGCGGCACUUCCAGUUCCUGCGCUGGUCCGCGUACCGGGACACACCGGACUCCAAGAAGGCCUUCCUGCGCCUGCUGGCCGAGGUGGACAGGUGGCAGGCGGAGAGCGGGGACGGGCGCACGGUCGUGCACUGCCUAAAUGGGGGUGGCCGCAGCGGCACCUUCUGCGCCUGCGCCACGGUCCUGGAGAUGAUUCGCUGCCACAACCUGGUGGACGUUUUCUUUGCUGCCAAAACGCUUAGGAACUACAAACCCAAUAUGGUGGAGACCCUGGACCAGUACCACUUUUGCUAUGAUAUGGCCCUGGAGUACCUGGAGGGGCUGGAGUCAAGAUAGCGGGGGCCCCUGGCCUGGAGCAUCCACUGUGCACUCAGGGCCAGGCCCGUCAUCCCGACCGAGAGGAAGACCUGUGUCCCCAACUCUGCUCAACCACAACCCAUAGGGAAGGCACUGGAGUAGGUGAUGGGCCUUCUUGGUGCUGCCUUCACGGGGGGCAGGGCCUUUCGCCAAAUGUACCGUGGGCAGCCUGGGGGCCAAGGAGGAGCUUAGCAAGACUGCAGCCCAGCCCACCUGCGUGGGGUCCUGCUGGCCUGUGCGGAGAGGCCGGGCGCUGCCUGGCAGAGUGACAGGAGCUCAGAGCUGCUUGCUCGGGGGGACUAGGCUCAAGCCCCGUGACUGUAUCCCAGCCCUUGGUGGGAUGUGUACCAGGCCAACGUCCACCCAGCAUGGCUCCGCAUGAGCAGGGAGUGCACUGGGCUUUGGCAUCUAGAACCCCAUCUGGCCCAGUCCCUGCGGUCCUGGGGAGACUGGGCUUUGCUCUGAUUUGCCGGUGGGCCCCGGAGCCCCUGGGAAAUCCUGCUCAUGGUCCCUCCCACUUUUGCUUCCCUGACAUGUGCUCUGAGUUCCCUGAACCAGGAUCUGCCCUCCCCUCCCCUGCCCGACGCGAAGCCCCUUCCCUGCCUGACCCAACGUCUGCAGAAUGAGACACAACCUCAGGCGCCUCUGCCUAUAACUUUCUGGCCUUGCUGGCCGGGUCCUGCUCAGCCCGGGCCAGUGACAGUCUGAACAAUAAGGCUGCACAACAGCCCAUGGGGUUGAGGUUCCUGUGGCUCCCGAUCAGGCUGCCAGCUGGGAGAGAGCACUGUUAGGUGAGGGCUGCUCCCAACCCUGAGAGUUCAGAGGAAGAAGGUGUGUUUUGGGGUGGAGGAUCGAUGCUUUUUUGUUUAGUUUUUGAUGGGUGGGUGGGAAGAUCUCUUUACAACGGGGCAGGCCACACCCCCAUUCCGUGCCUCAAAUUCCCCAUCUGUAAACUGUAGAUAUGACUACUGACCUACCUCGCAGGGGGCUGUGGGGAGGCAAAAGCUGAUGUUUGUAAAGUGCUUUGUAAAUAAACGUGCUCUCUGAAUGCCACA